GCCUGACUAACGUAGAAUAGAAAAUAAACUUAUUGACUCGAAUUUUUAUUCGCCGCCUUCCCACCUUACCUUAAAUGUAUUUUGCUUUUAAAAAUUGCUAAAAGAUUUCAAAUUUUAAGCAGGGUAUAUAAACAAAUAAAAAAUAGAAUACGCUUUAUGCAACUGACUUCGAUACAACAUUUUCAAUUUUAAAAAGUUCCACUGCUAAGUUUUUACGAUGAAAAGAUAUGUUUUUACUUGGCUCUUGUGUUAUUUUUCAUUGAGCAAAGGGUUUUCGAAAAACAGUUGCAGUUUGGAACAGAACAAGGCUUAUUGUUUAGAUGAACUAAAAAGUGAAGACUUGAUGCUGUUGCACCAAAUUUUACCUAAUUCUAUUGGAGAGCUUUUCAUUUCCUUUCAGAAUAUGCAGUUGUUUCAAACAUGUAACUUUAAAAACUUUACAAACCUUACUGUUUUAAGUUUGACUUAUAAUCAGAUGAUAGAUUUGCCGCAAAAUAUUUCGACGUGCUUACCGUCUGUCAAGCGGCUUCUCUUAAACAACAACAAGUUUAAAUCAAUUUCUAAAGAGAGUUUUACUAGUUACAGAAAUAUCGAAGUUUUGCGUUUGCACAGAAACGAGCUUCAAAAAAUUCCUCCAAAAACAUUUCACACGAUGGAACGUUUACAAGAGCUUUGGCUAAACGAUAAUAGUUUUACAAAAAUUGAAAGUAAAUCAUUUUAUGGCCUUGAUAAGCUUCAAACGCUCAAUUUAGCAAACUGCGAAUUAAAAGAAAUAAACGACAACAUAUUUUCAAAAUUGAAAUCUUUACGUUCUUUAAACUUAGAAUAUAAUGAUAUAAACUUUGUUGGUAGACAUGCUUUUCAAAAUAUAAAAAUGCAGUAUAUAGAUUUAAGCUCAAACAAUAUAUCUAUAUUGUACGGAGAAACCUUUUGUGGCUCAACACUUACGCAAUUAAACCUCGCAAACAACCCCAUUGAUUGCAGCUGUGAGGCGCUCUCAGCACUUCGGUUUACAUUAAACGUUUUGGGUAAGUGUUCAAGCCCUGUAGCAUUAAAAGGAAGUGAGCUCAACAAAACCUUUCGUAAUAUAGAAAGCUGUAACUCUAACACGUUCUGUCAUGUAGAAGUUAAUCAUAAAUAUCCAUGGGUUGUUUUAUGGAUUGCUAUGGCAACAAUAUGUUGUUUCAUUGUUUUAACUGGAAUAUAUUGUUGCAGCAAAAAAAAAAUUUUAAGACGAAAGCAAAAGUUUAUUGUAUUUGCUAAUAUAAAUUUUGACGAUUUUAGAAAUUAACUUUAUGAAAAUAUUAUGAAAAUCGCACACGUGUCUUCAAAAAGCUUAAGAAUGUAAAAUAAAAAACUCUCCUUUUUUUUUUUCUUUUUUUUUCUAUUUUUAUCACUUCAAACUUUAUCUAUUUUUUUAGCUAAACCUAUAUUAGUAAAUAUAGUAUUAAAUAUAAUAUGCUAAAAAAGAUUUGAAAUAAUCAAAAUGGCAAAAUAAGAGAAAAAUUUGAACUAAUCGAUAUUUUAAAAAAAUGUUCUUCAUAAUUUCUAAGUUUUUUCUCAAUCGCCAAAAAUUUAUCAAACUUUGGUUGAAAUUAAAAGAUUAAUUUUGAUUUUUACGUUUUUUCCUCAUUCUUAAUCUAAGAUUUUCUUAUUUUUGUGUAAAUAUAUUUCUUAUUUUUUGUAAAUAUAUAUAUUUUUUUGAAAAACUUUUUUUAACAAAAAAAUGUCGCUUUUAGUACACUUUCUAAAAGCGUUUCACCACCACUCAACGCCACCACCAACCGGCUAAAAAAUUGAGGUUAAUUGCUCAUUAGCACACACAUUCAAGAAGAAAAAAAAAAAAAAAAAGGUGGAAGUUGUGAAAUUUAGUAGAUUUUGCGGUAGAUAUUGAAGUAGAUUUUGCGGGAGAUAAAGACUAUUAAACGAAAAAAAAAAGUUUAAUGCCAACGGAGGAUUUUAAUAAAUGCGAUCAAUGUUUAACUGUAUUUUUGUUUUUAAAGCGGACACGUAGUUGUUAUUGUUUUGUUUUGUUUUUUGUUUGCUGAGAAAUAAUAUUUUAAAAUAAAUUUAAACUAUAAACA